AUGUCUGUAUCCGGAGCUGUGAUGCUGGUGUAUCAUCUGUCACUAAUCUACAGGAACACACUGGAUGUACUUAAGCCAACUGGACUGAGAAAUCCUGAACUGGAAAGAAACGGACUUUAUCCUCCCUACACUGGUUUGCCUGGAUCUCGACAUUCAUGCAUCUACCCUGGACAAUACAAUCCAUCCUUCAUUAGUGACGAAACCAGAAGAAGAGACUAUUUUUAGCAGGGAGUGGAGAGGGAGUGCAAGAUUGACACAGUUUUGUGGUCCCUAAUCCCCAGGUACAAUCUGUCACCUGGGCAGUUCAGCCCACAUCAGUCUUACUCUUCCCAUUUAACAGGAAGGCCUUUGAACUCCACGCUGAGCGUUGCU